AACUAAACUAAUGCAUAAAUUUUCUAUGAAAAAAUUAUUAAACAUUUGCUUUGUCUACUUUUUAUCAGUAUUUUCACCAAUCAUAGAUAGUUCCAUUCAAAAUAUAAAUAAAAAACUAAAUUAUUAUUUUUUAACUGCACAUUUACAUAUGUUAUCAACUUUUUAAUAAGCGAGUUUUAAUUAUUCAUUCAAUUUUUUUUAAAUGUUAUGGUACAAUACAGUAUAUAUAUUUUUAUUUGUUGAAUUAAGAUUUCAAAUUGCGUUGAACUAAGAUUUCAAAUUGAUUAAGUUUUGAAACAUGAAUUCAACCAAAAAACUCCCAAAAAUAACCUUGCAAAGUGAUUAAGAAAUAUUUAAUAGGACCCUAUAAAUAUUAAGGUACUGUAAAGAAAAGUGAUCCACUCAAUGAUACUAUAGAGAUGACACUACCACUGACCAUACAAAUUUCAAUUGUUUAUGUGCAAUUGUGAAGUGCACACAAACCAGUAUUUACGUGUGUGCAGUGGCGUAUCUAAGGGGGAGCACACGCCACUCCAAAAAAGUACUUGCGUUCCCCAGUCGCCAACAAAAAAAUCAUGCUCAAGUAGUUAAAAAUCACCUAAAAUAACCUUAUUUUGCGAGCUAGCUCCCCUUACCUAAUCAUCGAGCCCUCCCACUUCACUUUCACACCCCCAUCAACCUCCCCAUUUCAAGACUCUUAGACGCCACUGCUUGUGUGCAACAUUUAACUUAGUAUGCUAUGAGGGCCUAGAUUUAUUGACUAUAUACUACGGAAUUGCCACUUGCGUGUCAUCUAUAAAGUUAGUAUAACAUGUUAAUGGUAUAUCAAUAUAAGCAAUUUCACUUACUGUAGUAGAAUUAGUAAUACACUGGUUCUAAAGACUCUUAACUGAUAGGCAAGAAAUAUGUGUAUUCUGUUCGGUGCUGACUACACAUACAGUGUUAUAGUAGCAGCGUAUAACCUUAUUAUUCCACGCUACACGCUGAUGGCAAUUAUAGAAGUCCAUUAGCAAGAGCACUAGUGGGUACUUAGCGAUGUAGGCUUUCCUCCCAAGUUUAUUUUUUUAAAUUUCUUUUCUGCCUCUUAUAUUUACUCCUUCCUUUUUCUUUUUGUUUUCCUCCAUAAUAUCCUCUGUUGAAUUACUUCCAAUGAUUUGUUUGGUUUUCUUCUUCAAUCAGGUUGCGAAAAAACAGGAACUUGUUUUUUAAACAUAAAACAGGAAUGUUGAUGCAAAAAACACAACAGAAUGGACACCGUACAACACAAAAUUAUGAUUUGUAAUUCCCCUCCAAGAUCCGGAGGAAUGCCACAUCACCCUCCAGAGUUUGGAUUACUCCAGUCGCCAACUCAACGCACAGACCAACUAAUGGCUCUCUUGAAAAAUCCAGAACCACCCAGAACCACUUCAAUCUGGUCAUGGUCUGUACUAAGCGAACUGUCACUGCCUGUGAGAAAGGCUCCCUUGAUGUUUUUAUCCUAUCUUUGCGAAAUUCCCUGGUUGUUUGGCUGCAUUCGCCCCUAGUGGCAUUUUACUUGUUGUUGAACGCAGUCAACUACUCACAUCUGGUCCUGACCACUUGAAGAAGAGCAAUGCCAAUGACAAAGGCAAUUUGUUCUACAGGUAUGUGAUUUUAACCUUUUACCCAAGGGUAGCCAAGUAAAAGAUGGGUUUAGUGGGUGGGAACUCCUGCCGAAGAUUGGUCAGCGUACUCUAAGCCUCAUUUUAUCCAGUUGAUUUGGCUUGACCGCGCCACAUAUUGUCUCACCACAAUCAAUAGUGGCACGCGUGGUACUAGUAUACGGAAUGACAGCUCUGAACUAGCUUAUUUCCAGCCUGCCGCAAGCCUCGUCUAGGCCUUGUGACUAUAGGUACAAACUUACCACACCAGCCUCCAUAAUCCAAUUCUGAACACUAAAGUAAACAAUGGUGGUGCCAGCGAGGGGGGUGGGCAUAUGCCAACCCGUCGUACAGGCCUGGACCACUGUCACCCGAAGAACGACCAGGUCGUCAGACCAAAAAAUAAUAAUUUGCCUAUCCAAGUAAAGCUAUUUUGAAUGCCAGUUCCUAACAUUGUGGUCUAAAUAAAAGCACAUUUAGGACCAAAUUAGGCCAUAAAAACUCCCCCCAUGAACCUAAACUAUAUAUAUUCCGGAUGAAAACUGGCUAAGGCCACCGAGGGGGUGUCGAAAUCUAGCGUAAAAUCGGCAAAAGGAUGAUUACAUUUUACAGGCAGGAUGCAAUUUUUAUGAAUUUGUAGUUCUAGAAUGUAUGAGUUACAAUGCAUCUGAUAAAAUUAGAUUCCUGUAAUUCUAUUGUUCAAAAAUUAAGUUGUUUUAACCGGGUAUGAAAAUUAGCGACUCACCCUAGGGCCUAUUUAGUAAUAGUAGGCCUACCUAGGGGCCUAGGGCCUAGGCCUAAGUAAGGCCUUACCUUAGGCUACGCUACGCCUGGGCCUAGCCUAGCCCCAUCAUCAUGGAGUUUACAAUUUCUGUUACUUGAGAAAUAGCUGAAAAUAUGCAAACAGCGUAUUGUUUGAUGAUGUAUUUAUUGCUUACCUUAUUAAAUGCUUUCCAAAAACAUCAGAAAAUUAUUCAUUAUUCAUCAUAGUUUUCAAUCCCCAAUUGGUGGUGCGCCCAGAAACUUUUAUGAUACUAUAGAGGGCGCAGUAACUUCAGCGCGCUAAACAAAAUAAAAUAACAUAUAAUCGCGUGCUGCGUGUCAGUUCGUUGUCAAGUAAAUAACUGCCACGCGUGUAACCAUUGCUAUGGCUACACAUCAUUGCUAAACUUUCAUAUCCAGAAAUUAAAUUUGGACGUGAACAACAACAGUGAAGAAUAGUAUUAGUAAAAAAUAGGAAAUAGGUUGGUCCACAAACAUAGCUGUCAGAUGAUUCGAAUAAACACAAGCAAAUCUAAUGAAUACACGUCCUAAUGACGCGACGCAUGAUAUUAUAACAAAACCAAUACAACGGAAAGUUGGAUGUCCAACUCUGCGCUUGCUUCCCGUUGGGGAGCGGCAAUCAAAAAAGAAUCAUACCGCUCAAACAAAACCUUUCACAGACUACUUUGAGUCGGAAAGUUUCAACAAAUCAGAGGUAAUAGUCAAACAGAAGCAACGCCAUUCGGAAAUAACAGAGAGAGAAAAAUAUAAGGAACCGCCAAAAGAACCUCCUCGACUUCAUUGCAACUUUGAUGUUGACUGGUUCUCCGGUUAUACUUUUAAAUUUCCGCCACCAAUAUCUAUCAAGCCAGGAUGCCAUCAAGCUCUCAGAAGGCCACUUCCUCUUAGUUUUGGUGUCAAUUCCGUUGCAGAAAUAAGCGAAUGGAGUGAUAAGCCAUUUAGUACUCUCGAUUUAGAUUACAAGAAAGCAUUCCCACUUCUUCUAAAGCGAGUAUCAGAAACUGAGGAGAAGGAUUUGGUUUUUGUUCAAACAGAAACCAGACGACACUCUAUCGUUACAACUGAUUACAUGGCGGGAGAGAUUUCUUUAAGGAAUAAUAAGGGGAGAGAUAUGAAGUUCCAGGUUUUUCCCAUGUUUCAUGAAGAACAUGAAUCCAGUUCUUCUGAUGUCGAAUAUCCAUCCAGCUAUGAAAUAAAUACAAGUAAAACUGAGUUAACGGAUGAAAGUGGCAGAAAAGAUGGUUGGCCAGCAGACUGGAAUCUGAAUGCAAGGCGGUUGUCAAUAGCUGGAGCACCAAGAAUCCAUCAGUCAUCCGGUCCACGGAUUGUCCGGCGACAAUCAAUUGAUUAUGGCGGGUUGCCAUUUACAUUUCGCCCACCUGUAAUGGAUACACUUGACGAGGAUUCAUCUGAUGAGAACAAACCAGAAUUUAAAAAGGAUGAUGUUAAGCAACUAUUUUGCAAUAAAAGUCAAGAGUUUGACGUCAAACAUGCGGAAGAGAUAAUGGCACAUAUGGACCACAAUUUGGAAACGUUGGAGAAAUUCCUGCAGAAUUAUAAUUCUGUUAGUACCUCUACAACGCAUUCAUCAAGCACCUCAUUGCAUACAAUUUCUGAUGCAAUUAUAAACAAUAGCAGUGAUGAUGAUGAUGAUGGAGUUGUCAAUGAUGUUAAUGACAUUGACAGUAUGCAUGAUGAUGACAGAAAUGACAAUGACAAUGACAACAAUUACAGGAUUCAUAAUAAUGAUCAGGAACAACUGUGAGAAUAAUGGCAGGCAGAAUAAAGGUGAAUGCAAUCAUUAAAAUUUGAUAACAGGAAACUCAAGAAUUAAUUAAGCAUCUUUAUUAGUGAUAUGAUUUUUUGAAAACAUUGGCACCUUCAUGUAUUAAUUUCAGCUGCAGUUAUCAUGGGCAGACCCAGAGAUGUCCGAAAGGGGGAGGGGGAGAGGUAAUCGAGAGACAAUGCUACAGGGGAAUUUUUGUUUUCUAGACGACCGGAAAUUACCUCAAGAUGAACGUCACUAUCAACAUAUUGGUUUAUCCAUUAAAAAAUAUAUUAGACAUAUUCUAUUAUAUUUUCUUUACAAAAUUAAUAAUACUCUGAAACACAGAUUACAUUUUAUCAUUUUUUUAUUGAUAAAGUAUAUUUGAUCAGCAUCAUUG